AUGGACCGUGCUUCCAAGCUCAACCAGUCCCUCCUCAGCGACGGCACGACCUCAUUCAAAUUCCAAAUCAAUGAGUCAGCCUCCGACCGUGGCGACUUAUGCCUCGUCGCCACAGAACACAUCCCAGUUGCGCAAGACAUAAUCUGUAAGAAACAGAUGCUCGUUGUGGCGGAUAGCAAUCACCUCAAGAGUACUUGCGACAAUUGCUUCUUAUGGUUGUACGGCGAAAUCGGCAAGAAUGGCCGCAUCAGAGCUGCUGGGGAUGCUGAGCCCAGUCUAGACAAAUGCGGAGCCUGCAAAGUCGUGAGGUAUUGUUCGAAAUCCUGUCAACGGGGGGCCUGGAAACACCACCAUAAAGCCGAAUGCAAGAUCUUUGCUCAGCAAGAGAAAUCCGACGAAGUCCUCCGGGCAACCGUCCGCUUGCUCCUAAAUCGAAAGGCGGGCAUUAUUGAUGACAGCGAAUGGUCUGCUUUCAUGGACUUGCUGUCCCAUAUGAAAGACUACAUUGAGGGAGGGGAUAUGCUAAAACAGGCGAUAUCAGAAACGGCAAGAUGGACAGGAUGGGAUGAAGCAGAUGAAGCCUUCAAGGAAACCUAUUGUCGGGUCAAGCUGAAUUGCACAGCUAUCCACUCUCUGGAGCAUGAGUACCUUGGUAUCGGCCUGGAUCCUCUGAUAUCGUUGAUCAAUCACUCGUGCAAGCCUAAUACGUAUUGCUUGUUUGAAGGCUCUCAAAUUCGGGUUCGAUCCGUAGAGCCGAUAUCUGCUGGAGACGAGAUAACGAUGACGUACAUCGACAAUACUUCCGAUAAACAUUCCAGACAGCUGGUGCUAAAAUCUCGAUGGUUCUUCAGCUGUCGUUGUGGCAAGUGUUCCUGUGACGCUGGAAACGAUUUUGACAAUAUACCGGAAGGCUAUACACUAGACUCUCUACGUAAGCUGAUCCAACUGGCCUCCUCGGCCAACAUCUCUGAUCCUGAGAAAACCGAGUCCGCCAUGUUGGAGGUGAUAUCUUCGGGCAAAGGAUGGCCAACUCAUAUCCAGCCUCUCCCAUCGCUCUACUCCCGCUUAGCAAUCGGCUAUCACGCAAAGCGAAGUCACAGCAAGGAAGUUCACUAUCUGCUUCACCUCUGUUUCGUCGGUGAUCCGGUGCUUUACCCCAACCGCGUGGAUCCCACCCGUGUACGCAACCUAUUCAUGCUAACUAUGGCCUUGCACAAGCUAGCUAGGGAUAAUUCUACUGCGGUCCCUGAAUUGCCUCUCCAAAGCUUUGAGCUGGGUUUGGUUUACAAAUAUUGUAUGUGGAAGGCUGCUGAAGAUGCACAGACGAGUCAUGGGGAAAAUAGCAAUCUGUGGAAGGCUCUGAAUGCUAGGCUCGUAGAGGAAGCCGCGCUGGUUGCUGAUCCGCAGACCAUGCUCGCGUUGAUGGCUACAGAUCAAAUGCAGGGAGACAUGAGCAAACUCCUAUUGCAGUUGUUGCCUUGGGCUGGUAUUGAUCCAUCUUGCACAACGGCGUGGAAGGCUUGA